AUGGGCGUCACCACACCAGAGGUGCAAUAUGGCACGGGGAGACACCUCGAGUUCCUCUCUGAGGAUGAAAAGAUGCAGUCGGUCAAGCUCGACUGGGUCAGUCAGGCAUUCCACAUUAUGAGCACCGCAGUGGCCAAGAUGUCCAUUGUCCUCUUCAUCCGGCAAAUCAUUGGCAAAGGCCAUUCCCGCAUGUGGUUCCUCUACAUCAUGGUGGCCAUGCUGUUCGUCGUCAGCGUCGUUUGCGUCGCCUUUAUCUUUGCGCAGUGCACGCCUGCUGCGGCCUUGUGGGAUCCAGGACUGAGCGAGGUGGGAAAGUGUUGGGAUCCCAAGGUGCAGCAGGGUUAUGGAUAUUUUACAGCCUCCUUGUCCGUCUUUUCAGACUUUGCGUUGGCCGUCUUCCCCGUCACCGUGUUGUGGAAUUUGCACAUGGAGUGGCGACUGAAGAUGAGCCUCAUGUUUUUCAUGGGCCUGGGAGCAUUGACCGAACAAUUCUGCAUCAUCAUCGCCGCGUGCAUUCCGCCCAUGCGCUCCCUCUUCGUCAACAUCUACCGCAAAGUCUUCAACAUCCAGUCCACCCACGACGCAUCGUCAAAUAAAACGGGUGGCACGAAAUCCAGACGAGGCUACGUCAACCAGCCCUCGCAAACCGAGCAGCACCGUCUGUCGCGCAUGGAGUCGGGCUACUGGCGGAAUGAGACGGAGAUUUCGGCCGCGGCCUAUCGCUCAGAACCAGACGGUGACAAUUCGAGUGGACAUGCUGAUCGGAGGAGCGACAGCGAUGAAUUGCUAAGGGACCAGCACAGGGGAAUUGUGAAGAGAACCGAGGUGAUGGUUUCUGAGCAUCGGAUGUGA